GAGCUGUUGGUAUAUCCCGGGCAGGAAGCUAUUGCAAGCGCUGUGUGAGCUGGUCACUGCACUGAUGCGGCGGUGCCGGCGGCUAGUAAUGGCUGUGACAGUGAGUGCAGCAGUGAGUGAAUGAGCUGGGGCAGGACCUGUGAGGGGUUCAGGGCUACAUCCCUCGCACACUCAGGAAGGAUAUGUGAAAUAACAGCAACCUAUCAAGAUGGAUUUAAAAAACACGGCUAAUCUCAACAGAACAGUCAUAGAAUAUAAAUAUUCAGAGGCAGACUUCAUCCUGCCGGGCAUCACGUGGCGGAAGAGAAGACAAUAUGCAGAGGAUAGACCUUUUCUAUCUGACUUUGAUACAGCACUGAGAUCUGACUGGGAGGAGAAGAUGAAGCAGGGUCUUUUUCGCUAUCCACUGUGGAGCUUACAAACCAGGAUCUUACCGGGCAAUGUGAAAUAUGUAGCACAGCUUAACAUCAAGAGGGGUAUAGAGAGAAGGAAGCCUCAAGACACCAAAAGCAUACAAGAAAAAUUCAAUCCAAAACAAUUUAAUUUUAAUAAGAUUAUUUCUAAGGAAAUCAUGUUUAAGAUGAUCAGAUCACCUAAGGAGAAAGCUGAUAGCUCAGCGUGUAUAGAUGUAAACCCUGAGGGUAAUAGAGAGGUUCCUGAUAAUGAUGCUGCCUCCGCUCUGCUAAAACAUAGGCAGGAUCACAUACUAGUAGUGAUUAAUGUCAGUCCGCUUGAGUUUGGGCAUGUUCUUUUUAUACCAGAUCCAUCUCUUUGCCUCACUCAAAUUUUGACCCCAGAUCUAAUGUUGUUUGGAUUGGAAUCCAUUCUUCUCAGCGGCCACCCAGGGUUUAGAGUGGGCUUUAACAGCCUUGGUGGCUUUGCUUCUGUAAACCACUUACACUUACACGGCUUCUACUUGGACGAAGAGCUUCUGAUUGAGUCUGCAUUGAGCAAACCUCUGUGCCCUGAACUUAACUUCCACCAAUUGACUCAUUUCCCUGCCCCUGGUUUCUUUUUCUACACAGAUGGGAAGGACUUGGUGCCAUUGUCUAGGAGAAUAUGCCAAGUCACAGAUUAUUUUGUCAACCAAAAUAUUGCACAUAAUGUGUUUGUAACUAGGGGUAGUGAUCCUGGAAAUCAGAAUUAUCCAGACGCCAGAAAAGGGAUUAGAAUAGUUAUAUGGGCAAGAAAGUCCUGUUUUGGGGCUAAGGAGGAAUCUGCAUUCAAUGUGGCACUUUGUGAACUUGCUGGUCACCUGCCCUUCAAAAACGAAGACGAAUUCUCCAGUAUAACAGAAGAAUCUGUUAUCUGCAUUAUUAAAAAGUACCUCCUCUCUGAUGAAGAUUUCAGUCAAUUAUCGUUGGAACUUAUAGAUCAUUUAACAAUCUGAAAAAUAAUAAAGUUCAAAUGCAGUACAUACCUUCUGCAGUAUUUGUGUUCUAUAUGUUGCCAUACUCUCCUUAAGUGUAAUUUGACCCUUACAUUCAUUAAAAUAUAUUUAUUGAAAAUGUGAAAA